ACCCCAAUCACAUCCUAUCCCUUAACUUACCAGUGCUGACUAUUUAACCUAGUUUACCUCCGUUUUCUUCUUAUUUUCCCUCCGCAGCGCGCUUCCUCUCGUCUUGCGCCUUCCGCUCUCUCCCCCCCCACCAAAUCGUUGGACAUUUCUCUUUAAUUCUGCGUAGUGUUUUCUGUGGUUCACACUUCUCCUCCAAGGAAUGCCAACGGUUUCCCUGUGACUCCUGUCCUGAGAAUCCUCCUCGCGUCUGAUCCUGGCUCCGGCGCGCCGUACCUGUCCAUGGUGCUGAAACACGUCUCGCCGAAGAUCGCGCUGCGUUCCAGAGACGGUCCUCAUUUCUGGACCUUUUCCUGCUCUGAGUCUGCAGCCGAAAUCUUAAAAAACCUUAAUCUUCCUGCCGUGGCUUCUGAAGUCAAAGCAGAAGGAGUUGAUCCUGCAGGAAACCAAAAUAACCGAUUGUGACUCCAGCGGCUGCAUUGAUUGCCGAAGAAGAAAAUCGGAUGAUUUGACUGAGCUUAGCCUGGAAAUAUUUUAUUUAUAAAGGGCCAGGAGGAAAACUGGAAGUAAGGAUGAGAUUGUUUUUAGCAACCUAAAAACAUUUGUGUUGGUGCUAGGAGGGGGUUGUUUCACCUCUUUAGGAUUACUUUAACGUAAAAUAACUUAAUUCCUCUCAAAAAUAAAACUUCUCCUAUAAUACCAAAUGACAAUUUGAGGAAACAUCAUCCAGACAAUGGAGGCGUCCGCCAAUGGCUCCAAUUUUGGCAUCGACUCGCUGCUGUCCCACAGGCCCGGAAGCCCGGUGUCAAAGGGGGACAGCUUGGCUGGAGAGUGCCGCUCACCUCUGGAGUUCAGCCCGAGAUCAGACGCGGAGAGCGGCUCCUCGUCGCCCCCGUCCCCGAGGAGGGAGUGCGUGGAGGAGGUCGGACAGCGACAGGGUCACGGUGUCGCUCUCCCGCCGCACCUGCAGCACGCGCAGAUAUCUGCGGGGUCGCAGCAAAGGACAGUGACCUCGUCGUUCCUCAUAAGAGACAUCCUCGCGGACUGUAAGCCUCUGGCUGCCUGCGCGCCUUACUCCAGCAAUGGACAGCCGACCCAAGAGCCGGGCAGGUUGGCCGCGAAGAUGGCAGACGACUUCAUGGAGAAAAUACACAGCAACUCAUCGUCUGACAGCGAAUAUAAAGUAAAAGAGGAGGGGGACAGGGAGAUCUCCAGCAGCAGAGACAGCCCUCAGGUUCGGCUGAAGAAGCCCAGGAAGGCCCGGACGGCCUUCACGGACCACCAGCUGGCGCAGCUGGAGCGCAGCUUCGAGAGGCAGAAGUACCUGAGCGUCCAGGACCGCAUGGAGCUGGCGGCCUCCCUCAACCUCACAGACACGCAGGUCAAGACCUGGUACCAGAACCGGAGGACAAAGUGGAAGAGGCAGACUGCGGUGGGGCUGGAGCUGCUGGCGGAAGCUGGAAACUACUCGGCCCUGCAGAGGAUGUUCCCGUCCCCGUACUUCUACCCGCAGAGCCUGGUGUCCAACCUGGACCCCGGGGCGGCUUUAUAUCUCUACAGAGGCCCCUCGGCGCCCCCGCCGGCCCUACAGAGACCCUUGGUCCCGCGCAUCCUGCUGCACGGCCUGCAGGGGGGCAGCGAGCCGCCGCCUCCGCCUCCACUGCCCCCCAUGUCCGGCGUGCUUCCCCGGCCAACGCAGCAGCGGUGAGCCGGCUACUGAUUGUUUUAAUUAUUUAUUUUUAUUACGCCGAUCAGCUCGGGGUCCGUUAGAACAAAAAAGACAAUAACAGAAUUAAAAGAAAAAACUGAACAACGAAAAAACAAAAACCGACGAAGAAGGAAGAAAAAGAAAUCGGCCUUUAUAUAACCAAAACCGGGCCGAUCAGGAUGAACUGCGAGGACGAAUCUUUCUGACGGAUGCUCAUGGACUAUGGACAUUUUUCAUUUUUGUCUUUCGUGGACUGGAUACUUAUUUAUUGGUUAUUUAUUUUGCACAUGAAUCAAGGCAUUUAAGUUAUGUAUUUAUUUUAAACCCAAUUUCAGUAUUCAGUGGUUUUCCCAACAGGCUGCUAUUGUUGGUGGCACUUUGACCCACUUCAUUUAGACCACCAUCCUCAUUAUUAUUAUUAUUAUUAUUAUUAUUAUUAAUUAUUAGCCUAUUAUUAUUAUUAUUAUUAUUAUUAUUAUUAUUAUGGUUGUUCAUUCAGAUAUUUCACAGAUAUUAACAAUCUUCCAUGUAAUUUCAAUAUAAGGGAAGAGAGUCUGAGAAAAGAAUGUUUUUUUUCUUUUCCAUUUUUUAGUUUUGUAAAAUUGUCAUUGAUUUUGUGAAGCUGUCGCAAACCUGUAAAUAAGAAUAUUUUGCCUUUUAACUGAAAGAAACCGAUUUUAAUGAAACUUUUUGGUUCGGUGGUGUGUCUCUUUCAGACCACAGUAAUCCACUAUAACAGAAUAGGCUAGAUUAGCCACCACAAACUGUACAGGCGAGUGAGUUGGAAUAAAAUAAUAAUAAUAAAAAACUACAAAAAACACAACAAACAAAAACCAAGUAAAUAGCCUACAUAGAAACACAUAUAUUGUCUGAGAAAGGGCGGACUACUUGCCUGGACCCACGCGAACAGAAAAGCUCUGGAAAGAUAUUGCGUCUUGUUUCAAAGUAGCCUAAUGAAUAUUUAUAUGAAAAAUAAAGAAAGACAAAAGAGGUUUUUUUAUUGUUUGUUUGUUGUUGUUUUUUUGUUUUUGUUUCUUUACCAUCGCAGCGGGGAGUACAGCGGCCUGGGGGUUCAUUUGGAGUCUUUUGCAGAGGGACGGUGAUGUGGGUCCAGGCACAGCUGUAUCCGCCUGUUGAUUCGCUCUAGUUGUUUCUGAACAGAUGUUGUGCAUAACUCCUGUUAUUUCCUAUGAAGCUGUGAUAACUCUAAUUGUAAUACUCUCCUUUGGUGAUAAUGUAUAUGGCAAAUAUCAAACUUGUGGAGUGGUUUCGUAUAUUUCCUGGAUCAACCCCCCCCCCCUCCCCCCCCUCCCAUUUUUCCCUUCUUUCUUCUUCGAUCGCUUUCCCCCAACCCCAAUCCGUGAAUAUUUAUUUUAUUUUAUUUUUUCAUUUAGUAAAGUUCACAGCAAAAUUUAAUUGAAAAGGGGGGGUUGAUGUAAACAAAAAGAAAUACUUUUUAUA